UUUCCUGAAGUCCAAAAGGACGGCCUAACCAACCAGAUGAAUAACCCUGAGGUGGGUGUUGACAUCACACGACCCGACACCUUCAUCCGUCAGCAGAUCAUGGCUCUGAGGGUGAUGACCAACAAGCUGAGAAACGCAUACAAUGGCAAUGACAUCAGCUUUCAGGACUCAAGUGAUGAAGGCAGCGGCUCAGGCAGCGGAAGCGGCUGCACAGAGGGCUGCACCACAGACAUGUACAGCACUGCCACCGAAACCCCAGUGGUGAGAGCCGACCGGAGCGGGCCUAUGGAGGACUCUGCCCCGCACCAUGCACCAUCCAUAGCACUGCCAACCAUGCUGGCUCUGCUAGCUCUAACUCUGCACCGACAAUGGAGAUAAUGAUGGAGCAACAAGCGAGAUAUGGACUGCAGGGUUUUUGUCCCCCUUUUUUCUCCUCUCUGGCAGUUUUUGUAUUCAAGCACAUUGGAGCCACAGUCGAGCAAAGAGCAUUCGGCCUACCAGCGUUGAUGCUGCAGGAUUMUGCUCUGAGAAAGAGAGUAGUCAUCCACAUCACGAUUUUCCACUUUUCCAAAGAUCAUGCAGUGCCAUCCCUAGACUUUAUAUUUCAUGAAAUCAUUUCAGUUUCUAAGACUGAUGCGGAUACAACAAACUCUGC